AGGCAAGACGGUGUGUACGGCGGAGCCCUCUCAUCAAAUCUCCUCUCGCAUAAUGGAAACUGAAUUAAAACAUCUGUGGUACGUCGGUCUCCGGUACUUUUCCGCUUUCACCUCAGCAGUCGCCUUACGUCGCUCUCCUCUUUGCUAAAAUAACUUCUUCUUUCCUGGUUAUGUUUUUUUCCCAGACACGCUUUCAGAAAGACCAAACCUGCGAUUUGUAACUAAACUGCUCUGGAACAAGGUCGUUUUUCUUUGGAUGGAUAUUUUUUCAGUCGAUGGUGAAUGAGCUGAAGUCAAGCUGGUUGUGAAGGUGCUGGACUUGUUCCCCCCUAAGCCCCAAGCCGGACAAAGCAUGGCGGCAGGAGUAGCGGCAUGGCUUCCCUUUGCCAGGGCGGCAGCAAUCGGCUGGAUGCCUGUUGCCAAUUUGCCCAUGCCAGUCGCCCCCACUGAGAAGAACAAGCGGCAGGAUGAGCUCAUCAUUCUUAAUGUCAGUGGACGCCGCUUUGAGACUUGGAGGAACACGCUGGACCGCUAUCCAGACACACUUCUGGGGAGCUCAGAGAAGGAGUUCUUCUACAACGAGGAGACCAAAGAGUACUUCUUCGACCGUGACCCUGAUGUGUUUCGCAGCGUGCUCAACUUCUACCGCACAGGCAAGCUCCAUUAUCCACGCUACGAGUGCAUAUCCUCCUAUGAUGAGGAGCUGGCUUUCUUUGGCAUCAUCUCAGAGAUCAUCGGGGACUGCUGCUACGAAGAGUACAAGGAUAGGAAGAGGGAGAAUGCAGAACGUCUGAUGGAUGACCAGGAGGACAACAAGGAUGCUAAACUGCCCAAUAUGACCUUCAGGGAGACCAUGUGGAGGGCUUUUGAGAACCCCCACACCUCUACCAUGGCUCUGGUCUUCUACUACGUCACUGGCUUCUUCAUUGCUGUUUCUGUUAUUACCAACGUGGUGGAAACGGUGCCCUGCGGCACGGUCCCCAACCAGAAGGAAGUGCCAUGUGGUGAGCGCUACACUGUGGCCUUUUUCUGCAUGGACACGGCCUGCGUGAUGAUCUUUACCGUGGAGUACCUGAUGCGCUUGUUUGCUGCCCCGAGUCGCUACCGCUUCAUGAGGUCAGUCAUGAGCAUCAUCGAUGUGGUGGCCAUCUUGCCCUACUACAUUGGCCUGGUGAUGACUGACAACGAGGACGUGAGUGGCGCUUUCGUGACACUCCGUGUUUUCCGCGUAUUCCGCAUCUUUAAGUUCUCCCGUCACUCGCAGGGCCUGCGCAUCCUGGGCUACACUUUGAAGAGCUGUGCCUCGGAGCUGGGCUUCCUGCUUUUCUCCCUCACUAUGGCAAUAAUUAUCUUUGCUACCGUCAUGUUCUACGCAGAGAAGGGUUCAAGCUCCAGCAAAUUCACCAGCAUCCCAGCCUCCUUCUGGUACACCAUCGUUACUAUGACAACACUCGGGUAUGGAGACAUGGUUCCUAAGACGAUUGCAGGAAAGAUCUUUGGUUCGAUCUGCUCGCUGAGUGGGGUGCUGGUGAUUGCGCUGCCCGUACCUGUCAUCGUGUCCAACUUUAGCCGCAUUUAUCACCAGAACCAGAGAGCAGACAAGCGACGGGCUCAGAAAGUUCAGAAAGCACGUUUGGCCAGGAUACGAAUAUCCAAGGAGGGAACCUCCAAUGCCUUCCUCCAUAGCAAACGCAAUGGCCUGUUCAACGAAGCUCUGGAGUUCACGCAACUUCCAUACAAGAUGAACCUUUCAGAACAGAGUUCCACUGAGGAAGAGCAGCGGUUAAGCAAGUCCACCUCUCUACUAGAGAGCCAGCACCACCACCUGCUGCACUGUCUGGAGAAAACCACCAACCAUGAGUUUGUGGACGAGCAGUAUUACCAGCAGAGCUAUCUGGAGGCGGGGCUUCAGAAUUACCCGUCUCGAAGCCCCUCCCUCUCCAGUCAAGAUGGCGUGACGGGCACCUGCUGCACCCGCCGAAGCAAGAAGCACCACACCCCUUUACAGAACGCCAGUGCCCCAGCACUCAUGCAGCCUCUGACACACAAGCACACACAUCAACUAGGCCUGCAGGAGCUCAGCACCAUCCACAUCCAGUCCCUCAGUACCAGCCGCUCCAGUCUGAACAUGCGAGUAGAUGAGCCAGCCUCCCUGAACUGCCAGAGCAACCAGAUCACCACAGCCAUCAUCAGCAUUCCCACACCGCCAGUGGCAACUACUGAUGGCGAUCUGACCCACCAUAACGUUGUGAAGGUGUCAGCACUGUGAAGACUAAAGUGCAGCCGCCUCACAUAGAAAGACAUAAAAAGACUCAUUGAGACAGACUGAGGGACAGAGGAGGACUUGGAGCGAUGGAAGACAGGCAUUCAGAGUCCAAGUUUGGCCGUGGUGGAGCCUGCCCUCUGCUGGUCAUGUACUGUAACGACAUGGACUGCCUGUGAAGACAGAGGAUGGCUUUUAGAUACAGUGUAUUCAUGUCAUUGGUUGGCACGCAUUUGUGUGUGCCUAUGUGAGUGUAUGUGUCGGUGAAAGAGUGGUGAAAAUGUUUACGGAGGUGUUUUGAAUGAGGAGGCGUGUGAGAGCGUGUCUCCCAAGUGUCUGAGGUGGGCAAGGCAUGUGUCACUGUGCACACAGCACCUUUUUAUGAUUUCUGCUUCAGUUUGACCCAUGGUCUAUUUUAGCAGGAGAUAUAUAGGGAAAAAUUAUACAUUAUAAAAAAAAAAUUCCACAGAUUUAAACUUGCCCUAUUUUCUUUAUUCAUGUUGGUCCACUCACCUGUUGAUAGAUAAAAUUCCUUUAAAAGAAGAAAUAUGGUAGGUGGUCUGUGAUGGCGUUACCAAUGAGUUUCAUAUUUGUGAAUGAGUGUAUGUGACUUUUUGCUAGAUAGAGGAAUUGUGACGUUUUGGUUAGAAGGCACAUGUGCCUGUGCGUGUGUGUUGGAGUGUGUGUGAGACUGUGUUUGUCUCAGUUGAUUGAACUUGUGUUUCAAUUCUUCUGGAAAUCUCUAUGGCUCAGUAUAUGGUAUAUUUGAUUAGCUGCCAUUCUGAAGGGUCCAUUGUACACAUUUAUGUCCGAAAUUCUCAGCUGCAAGCCUUUUACACAAAAUGUGCCUGUUGCUGGAGUAAAAAGAGAUUUAUUUGUUUUAUAGUUUUCUGAAUCCCCCUCCUUCCCCAUUAUUUCCAUUUUCCAUGUUGGCUGCUACAGCCCUACAGACCUCAGAUAACUAAAUACUUUAACAAAAAAACCAAAAAAUAGUACAUUUUGAAUUAAAAUCACUUCUAUUAAAAGCACAAGGCAUUUGCUGAGAAUUUCUGAUACGAAUGUGUCCUGUGCCCAGGUUCUUUGUGAAUAUUGUUAAUAGAAUAUUUUGUAAUAUUUGACCAUUGUUUGGCAGAAACAGUGAAGCUGUCUUCUUGUUCUCUUUCUCUUUCUCCCUCAGUCUGUCUUUCUCUUUUCCUCACUCUCCUCUCACUCUUUCUUGUUGUUGUCCUGUUGUAUCCUUACCUCCUGUGUGAACAACAGUAUGCUUUCAAUAGUCUUUAUAGCUGUCAACGUUCUUUCUUCCUCUAAACUCAGCGGGCAUUUUUCAAAGUUGUUGAGUAUGUGUACUCUAUGUGGUUAGGAAACUUGGUGUUUGUACUUUUUGUCCUCCUUGGUGUUUCAAAGGAUUUCAUUUACUUUAUCUUCUGGAGAACUGAAACAGGAAAGCCUGUUGUAACAAUGACCACGGAGAUACAGAGGACACAGGAUGAGCCAUCCACAGAUCUCUACCAACAAAAACACUUGCUAUUCUGUCUGUUCUCUCGACUCACAGCCCCAACAUUUAACUUUAGAAUUACCUGUCAUCAAAUCCUAUCAAAGUUGAUCUUUGUGAAUAUGGACGGUGACGUUUUUUCUCUGCUAACCUGCUAUCUGGUACCUUCGUGUUGGCCUUUUUAUCUUGAAUGUCUUUCAACAGCUACACAGACAGUUAGGUCUGGUUUUAGGCGGUUGAUAUCGCUGGUGUGGUUUCUCUAAUGCUGGGGGGAGCAGCUUCAGUCGCAGCAGACUAAGCCCCCACUUCUGCUCUGCAUCUAUGAAAUAUGAUGUUAACCAAGAGCACACAGACAGGGCUAGAAAGGCAUUAAUAUAAGAGCAUAUUUUCCAUAUCAGCGAAGAGCAUAUUUCAAAAGCAAUACAGGAAUUGGUCCAAUAUUAUGUCUGCCCACAUGUAGCUGUUGACAAACAUUUUUGUUGUUUCUUUUUUCUGUUUAAAUAGACUAAAAACUGUCAAAUUAUCAGCAAAAUGUAUAAUGAUCUUUUACAAAAUGUAUUUGAUUAUCUUAAUAUGGAGCCAUCUCAAAGGCUUAACCAGUUUAAUACAUGCAUUUGUUCUAAGACAUUUACUUAGAUUAAUAUUAGACAAUAUGGGUGAAAAUAUAUAGCAUAAUUAAUAGCCUAUCAGUGCAUAACUACACAAGACUCUGAGGUCCCUUAGAAUCCUGUUGUGCUUUAGUUCCCUCUGAUCCAGAUGUAAGUACCCCCCAAAAGAAGCCAAAAAUAUUCUACAGCAACCUCUGAUAUUCCUAUGAGAGAACUAGUACUAUUGCUGGUCAUUUUAUUACUGUACACAGUGGCACCAGCUGCCUAGAUCCAUUUAUAGAGUGUAGUGAAUCUGUGCACAAAUUAACUUGAAAAAAAAAAGAAGACAAGCACAGACACACAGAGCUUUUUCAGUGUAAUUUUAAAAGAGGGGUCCAAGACAUUGACUUCAUAUUCACAGCAUGAAGUCUGACAUUUAGAAAAUAUUGAAAACAACACCAAGGGUAUGACAUAGGUAAUGGCAGGAAUGAGGUUCCCUGUAUUGUUUGUUGCUAGGACAGUGAUUAAGUGUGUUAUUUACUGCUUCCAGGUACAAAACAGGCUGUUUUGUGUCGGCUGCACUUUCAAAUGACACCGUUUGAAUUAUUAUGUUAGCAUAUUUCCGCUCUAAGUGUCAAGUGAUUGCAUUUUGAUUUACAAACAACAAAAACAGAGGUCUUUGAUUGUGUUUGUCUCUCUUUCGCUGUUAUGUACUCUUUUUUUCAGGGCUCAGUCAGUUUUCCUCUUUGCUUUGCCCUCCUAUGCCACAUGUCGUUGUUGAGACUACUGCUGUGCGUAUCUUGUCAGGUGUUGGAUAUUAUUUAUGACCUUGUCUUGUGUCUCAACUGUGAAACGCCUGAUAAAACAUCUAUAUCUGCCACAAAUACAAACUCUGCGGGCUGUCUUCUUCACCUGCCUCCAAAUCAGUGUGUGUGAUAGUGUGUAAAAAAGGUAGCAGGUUGUGCAUAUUUAGUUCUCUUUGUGUUUUUAUGUCCCAAAAGUGCAAUACAUGUGACCACAAUGUUG